AUGGCCUCUGCACCCCUCAACGCCUUGCUGGCAGCUCUGCAACCGCCCACCAUUUAUCACACAAAGCGCAAGCACAGCAAUGACACACCUGCGCUCACAACUGCAAAACGCCAACAGAGCAAUGCUGCUGUCCCCAACAUGUUAUGUUUGACCUGCCAGAUCAAAGCCAUUGUAUGGGUGACACAGUCCGGGGGAGCAGAUGCACGACGUUCCCAUCGUCUCAGCGCACCGGCACUGGUCAAGCGUCAUAGCUUUGUAACAAAAAAGGUGCUCUAUGUGCAAGCCACAGCAGACCCUCCCACAAGAUGCAAGAGGCAGCGCAAGAUAAAGAGCAAGCUGCACCUCAUCGGCGCCAUUUGCAGCGACGCUCUUCCAGCAGGGCAGCUAGAGCACCUGACUCAUGCUAGCAUCAUUGCGAGAGGGAAAGCACUCGCAGCAGCCUUUCAGUCCCCAUCGGUUGUCUGGCAUCAAGUGAAGCUGCCGACAUCCAAGCAACAAAAGCCGUCGCCAUUGUCGCUGAUGUUUGAACAGUACCGCGCAACCGUUGCCGUUGACCCCACAACAACGACCACCAUUUGCCUCACCGUCUGCCACGGAUUCAGCCUGAAAGAUGCUCUGACGCACCAAGAUCAUGGUGGCACCUAUGAUCUCGACGCAGUGGUAGAGAGGGCAUGCAAGGCAAGGAGGAUCGCAAUGGAGAAAACAAAGUGGAAGAAAAGCAACAGUUGGCUCAACUUUAACGGUGGACUUGGUCAGCCAGAGUACAAUUUUUGCGUGGAUAAAGAGGGGUUGCGCAUCAUGAGUCAACGUUGGAGUCAGCCUCUGCAACAACGGCAUAAGCAUGUGCCCAACGCAGACCUUCCUGCAAGCGCGGGCGGGAACAGGAGCACCGCCGCGACCGCGAGCACCGGCGCAACCACGAGCAGCAGCACGAGCACCACCGCAACCGCAACGACUACGCAGCAAACGACAUGGACGGCAGACGCGCAACCAUGGCGUCUGACUCCAGAAGAGCGUGCCUGA